UGGACAUUGACUCUUGAUUGUUUGCAAAAGUCUCGUAUUAAAAACAAACUACCUGACCAAUACUUUGAGUUAUUGGUUUCUUUCUCUUUUUCUUAAAAAACCCCACAAAAACAAAACUUAAAAAACAAACCAUGCACUACUGUGUGCUGAGCGCUUUUCUGCUCCUGCAUCUGGUGACGGUAGCGUUCAGCCUUUCUACCUGCAGCACGCUCGAUAUGGACCAGUUCAUGCGCAAGAGGAUCGAGGCAAUCCGCGGGCAGAUCCUGAGCAAGCUGAAGCUCACCAGCCCCCCAGAAGACUACCCCGAGCCCGAGGAGGUCCCCCCGGAGGUGAUCUCCAUCUACAACAGCACCAGGGACUUGCUCCAGGAGAAGGCGAGCCGGAGGGCGGCCGCCUGCGAACGCGAGAGGAGCGACGAGGAGUACUACGCCAAGGAGGUGUACAAAAUAGACAUGCCACCCUAUUUUCCCUCCGAAAACGCCAUCCCGCCCACUUUCUACAGACCCUACUUCAGAAUCGUCCGGUUUGACGUCUCGGCAAUGGAGAAGAAUGCUUCCAAUUUGGUGAAAGCAGAGUUCAGAGUCUUUCGCUUGCAGAACCCAAAAGCCAGAGUGCCUGAACAACGGAUUGAACUAUAUCAGAUCCUCAAAUCCAAGGAUUUAACAUCUCCAACUCAGCGUUACAUUGACAGCAAAGUUGUGAAAACAAGAGCGGAAGGCGAAUGGCUCUCCUUUGACGUAACUGAUGCUGUCCAUGAAUGGCUUCACCAUAAAGACAGGAACCUGGGAUUUAAAAUAAGUUUACAUUGUCCGUGCUGCACCUUUGUACCAUCUAAUAAUUACAUUAUCCCCAAUAAAAGUGAAGAGCUGGAAGCAAGAUUUGCAGGUAUUGAUGGCACCUCCACAUAUACCAGUGGUGAUCAGAAAACUAUAAAGUCCACUAGGAAAAAAAGCAGUGGGAAGACCCCACAUCUCCUGCUGAUGUUAUUGCCUUCCUACCGACUCGAGUCACAGCAGUCCAGCCGGCGGAAGAAACGCGCUUUGGAUGCAGCCUAUUGUUUUAGAAAUGUGCAGGAUAAUUGCUGCCUGCGUCCACUUUACAUUGAUUUUAAGAGGGAUCUCGGGUGGAAAUGGAUACAUGAACCCAAAGGGUAUCAUGCUAACUUCUGUGCUGGUGCGUGCCCAUAUUUAUGGAGCUCAGACACUCAGCACAGCAGGGUCCUCAGCUUAUAUAAUACCAUAAAUCCAGAAGCAUCGGCUUCUCCCUGCUGUGUGUCCCAGGAUUUGGAACCGCUAACCAUUCUCUACUACAUCGGCAAAACACCCAAGAUCGAACAGCUUUCCAAUAUGAUUGUAAAGUCUUGCAAAUGCAGCUGAGAUUCUUGGAAAAGUGGCAAGACAAAAAAAUCACGAUGAUGAUGACAGCAACGAUGACGACGACAAUGAUGUUUGUAACAAGAAAACCUAAGAGAUCCUUGGUUCAUCAGUGUUAAAAAAUGUUUUGAAAAAGCGGUACUCAUUCACUUUGGAAGUUUGUGUUCUGUUUGUUAAACUGGCAUCUGAAACGAAAAAGUGAAAGGCCUUAUUCUGCAUUUCACCUACUUUCUGAGAGAGACAAGAAGCAAAAUCUUUUCUUUUUAAAGGAAAAAAUAAACACUGGAAGAAUUUGUUAGUGUUAAUUAUGUGAAAGAAAGAACAAAACAAAACAAAAAACCCAGGAAAAUCCUGUUGAGUGGAGUUGUUGUACUUACCGUUCAUACCCUGUGCUCCACUUGGUUUUCCUGUAUUGCUAUGCAAUAGGCACCCUUCUCAUUCUUACUCCUCGAGUUAACCGUGAGUUAUUUAUUGUGUGUUACUAUAUAAUGAACAUUUCAUUGCCCUUGGAAGAUAAUACAGGUGUAUAAAGUGGAGACCAAAUACUUUGCCAGAAACUCAUGGAUGGCUUAAGGAACUUGAACUCAAAUGAGCCAGAAAAAAAAGUCAUAUUAAUGGGAUGAAAACCCAAAUGAAUUAUGAUAUGACCUAGCAAGUCUGCGGUAAGAUAAAGACCUUGAAAACACAUGCUGUGUACAAACUGCCUAAGGAAGCAUCAUGUAAGGUUCAAACACUAAAAAGCCUGUUAAUAAAGGAAAAUUUCAGUCAGAAUAAGUCUGUAAGAUUUUCUUUUUUCCUUUUAAAUGUAAAUGGUUUGUUUUUUUUUUUUUUCAGUUUAGCAAAGCCAGUCAGUGGUGAGAUGUUUUGACAUGUACUGGUCAAACUUUGGACCUUAAAGUAUUGCCGUGGAGCUAUGUUAUAGGUUUUUCCUUUGUUCUGGGAUAUGUAACCACACCUAUGUUAUUAAAAUAGAUGGGUAUAGAAGCCGGCAUAAUUGAAGACACAUCUGCAGAUCUAUUUUGCAAGCUAUUAAAUCAAAAUACUAACUACUUUAUGUGUAAUGUGUAAAUUCUUGCCGUAUUUUUUAAUAUUCUGUAAUAAUGUCAACUAUGAUAUAGAUUGGACUUAAAUUUGGGCUCUAACAAUUAUUCACAAUCAAUGUUCCCUUUAGCUGGCCAGUACUUAUGAGUAAAACCCCUAGAUUUUGACUUGCACUACAAACACAUUUUUCAUUGUAUUUUCUCUACUUUGUGCUUUGUAUAUUGUCCAUUUUUAUGACAAGCUACCUGGGUCCAUUUUUCCUUUUUUUUUUUAUUUUACAGAAAAGAUAGAUUUGAGUUCAGUGGUCUACCUUCAUCUUCUAAGCAUCAUCAGUUAAAUCAGAUGUUAAAAAUCCUCUGUGUCAGGAAAUGGGGAAUGUUGGGGUCUCAUAGAUAAGUGAGCAGAAAUGUUUUGGGGUUUAGGAUCUGAAUCCAGAAUCUUGGUGACUAGAGUAUGAAAGGUUUCUCUAACUUGAUUUAAUUAGUAUUUUCACAGAUUUUGACUGCUGUUUAAAAGCAGACAAUUGACAGAAAACAUCUUUUUUUCUUUAAUCAGGUUUUUAGUGUUUAGGGGGAAAUUGAAAGAUACACAUUUUAGAUGAUUUUUUUAAGGGAAGGGGUGGGGGAGUCCAGGUUAGCAUUUGUCAUUUCACUCAUUUCCCUGAAGUUAAAGUUUUUAUAGAGGCUCUUUGAAGGUUGGAAAGGCACAAGCCAAAUUCUCCUAUAUGUAAAAUAUUCUUCUUCCAUCUGAGUGAGUGUUUUCUAUAGUUGAGGCCAGAGUUCACUUUGCUUUAAUAAAUUGUUUGCCACAUUACUGCCGAGGAGGUACCUCACAGUGGGCUUUGUAUGAUACGUUUGACACUUAUUUGUCUUUACCAUACAAAAUAAUAUAUAAAACAAUGGAAUAGUUGCCAUUUCACCUAAGGGCAGCAUAGUGAGGUAUGAAUCUAAAGAGAAGUUAUUUGAUAUGAUAUGUUUCUUUUUUGGAAUUUCCUGGCCAUUAAUUAAAACGAAGAAUUGGAUUAACAAAUCUGAAGACUGGAAAAGCAAGAGUUGGGAUGCCACAAUAGAACAACCCUUGUGUUAGAUGUAACUCAAUCACAGAUUUGAGUGUGUGGAUCUUUUUUUUUUUUUCUUCCACUUUUCUAUUAAUUCUAUGCAAAUCACUUUUAUUUCUACAGGUAUUUUUCUCUUGGAUAAAAUGACUGUUUUGUAUUAUUUUGUCUUUCUUUAUGGAUGCACUGAUAAUAUUUUAAAUGCUCUAUUUUAAGAUCUCGAGUCUUUUUUUUUUUAAUUUGGGGGUUCUAUAAGGUCUUUAUUCCCCAUAAGUAAAUAGUGCUGUGGGAAGGGAGGGAGGUGGGCAGGGCUGGGAGAAGCAUUAGGCUGUGGCAGCAGUUGUAUGUGUUAAGCAGCAGUACAAUUUUAUGGUUGGCAUGGUUUAAAAAAAUGGAAUAUAAGGAUAGCUGUUUUGUAUUUUGAUGACCAAUUAUGCUGUAUUUUAACACAAUGUAUGUCUGGUUUUUGUGGUGCUCU